GCCCCAGCGGAGCUCCCGGCGCGGGGCGGGGCGUGCGCCGUGGAGGCGGCUGGCUGGCAGUCUGGCGCGGCGGUCGCGAGCGGGCGGAGCUGCCGAGACCUGGAGUCCGCUACGGACGACGGCGCGGGCCGGGCCGGCGGAGUGCUCUUCGUUCUUAGCUGAUGAAGAAUGGGGGAGAUAGAAGGAACAUACAGAGUCUUGCAGACUCCAGGGACACGCUUGGGCGCCCAGACCCCAGGGGGAGUGAGCACCCUCGAACCUGGGCAGAACCUCUUGGCAACCGCAGCACGGGCAUCAGCCAGAACACAGGAGAAGCACCUUCACCUCCGAGUAAAGCUGCUGGACAACAGCAUGGAAAUAUUUGACAUUGAGCCUAAGCGCGAUGGCCAGACGCUGCUGACUCAGGUGUGGAGGCGCCUGAACCUGACGGAGUGUGACUACUUCGGGCUGGAGUUUCAGCACCCCCGGGCCUACUGGAUUUGGCUCGAACCUAUGAAGCCCAUCACUAGGCAAAUACGGAGGCCAAAGAACGCAUUGCUUCGUCUAGCAGUCAAAUUUUUCCCACCUGAUCCGGGUCAGUUGCAGGAAGAAUAUACAAGGUACUUGUUUGCCUUGCAACUUAAGAGGGACCUCCUGGAGGAGCGUCUGCCCUGUGCGGACACCACGGCAGCCCUUCUGGCAUCCCACCUUCUGCAGUCUGAAAUAGGAGAUUAUGAUGAAACCCUGGAUCGAGAGCACCUUAAAGUGAAUGAGUACCUACCCAGUCAGGAGCGUUCUCUUGAGAAGAUUCUAGAAUUCCACCGGAAGCACACGGGCCAGACGCCUGCUGAGUCGGAUUUCCAGGUGCUCGAAAUUGCCCGAAAGUUGGAAAUGUAUGGCAUCCGUUUUCACGCCGCCUCUGACAGGGAGGGGGCCAAAAUUAACCUGGCCGUUUCCCACAUGGGUGUCCUCGUGUUCCAGGGCACCACCAAAAUUAACACUUUUAACUGGUCCAGAGUCCGAAAACUCAGCUUCAAGAGGAAAAGGUUUCUCAUCAAACUGCACCCAGAGGUCCAUGGACCUUACCAGGACACACUGGAGUUCUUGUUGGGUAGUAGAGACGGCUGUAAGAACUUCUGGAAGAUCUGUGUGGAGUAUCACACCUUCUUCAGACUCUUUGAUCAACCUCAGCCCAGAGCUAAAGCUGUCUUCUUCAGCAGGGGCUCCUCCUUCAGAUACAGUGGAAGGACUCAGAAGCAGCUGGUGGAUUAUGUCCGAGACAGUGGGGUGAAGAGGGUUCCCUAUGAGAGAAGACACAGCAAGACUCGGAUGUCUAUUCGUGCUCUGACUGCAGACUUGCCAAGACAGAGCGUCUCCUUCACCGAGGGCCUGAGGACCUCUGCGUCCCCGUCUUCAGCAGACGCCUCCUUCUGUUCCGUUCCUACCUCCCCUCUGGCCCUGCGAGGCCUGCCUGAUUUCAGAGACAGCCGUGGCUCCCUCACCGAGCCCCAGGCUCCCGACACCAAGAGGCCAGCCGCAGAGAGGAGCAGCACAGCAGCGGCCGACGGCAACACCAGACGGGCCCAGUCCCCCGGGCCCCCUGCGCCGCAGCCUUGUCAAGGCCUUUCCGUGGACAGUCCUCAGCCUUCUCCCUCCACCCGGAAGAGCCCGCUGAGCCUGAGCCCUGCAUCUCAGGUGACUCUGGGCCCAGCUGAACAGGGCUUGUUCCCCCUCCUGAGCCCUGUCCUUAGCAACGCUGGCGGAGCCAGGAUGGACGGCGAGGAGGAGCCAAAACACAAGAGCAUGGCAGCAGAUGAGGCCUAUUUCAUAGCGAAGGAGAUUCUCGCUACAGAACGAACAUACCUGAAGGAUUUAGAAGUUCUCACUGUGUGGUUCCGCAGUGCGGUGGUCAAGGAGGACGCCAUGCCUGCAGAUCUGAUGACCCUGCUCUUCUCCAACAUAGACCCCAUCUACGAGUUCCACAGAGGCUUCCUGCGUGAGGUGGAGCAGAGGCUGGCACUCUGGGAAGGGUCUUCCAGUGCCCAUUCCACAGGCGGCCAUCAACGAAUCGGGGACAUCCUGCUCAGGAACAUGCAUCAGUUAAAGGAGUUCACCAGCUACUUCCAAAGGCACGAUGAAGUCCUGACGGAACUGGAAAAGGCCACCAAACGCUUUAAGAAGCUGGAGACGGUGUACAAAGAGUUUGAGCUCCAGAAAGUCUGCUACUUGCCCCUGAAUGCGUUCCUGCUGAAGCCCAUCCAGCGGCUGGUGCACUACCGCCUGCUGCUGAGCCGGCUGUGCGGCCACUGUGAGCCUGGGCACCAUGACUACGCGGACUGCCGUGAUGCCCUCCAGGCCAUCACAGAGGUGACCUCCACACUGCAGCACAGCCUUGCCCGGCUGGAAAACCUCCAGAAGCUGACAGAGCUGCAGCGGGACUUGGUCGGCAUAGAGAAUCUCAUCACUCCCGGCAGGGAGUUCAUCCGCGAGGGCUGCCUUCACAAGCUCACCAAGAAAGGUCUGCAGCAGAGAAUGUUCUUUCUGUUCUCAGAUAUGCUGCUCUACACAAGCAAAGGGGUCACGGGUACCAGCCACUUCCGGAUCCGGGGCCUCCUUCCUCUCCGUGGCAUGCUGCUAAUAGUGCUGGACCCACCGGUGAGUAGUUCGGUGCCCUGCGGCCCACAGCUCGCCCACCUGGGUGGCAGGUGCCGUGGCCUGGGGAUCCCCAUGCCCCCUGUAGCCCCUGGUAGUCAGCAGAGAUUUGCCCAGCACAGGGCUUCCGAGGCACCUGUGUUGUGCUGCAGGCGCGGGCUCUGCCGGCCCCGGGCUCACUCCACACGCCCGCCUCUUCUCCCGCCACAGGUAGAAGAGGGCGAGAGCGAGCGGUCGGUUCCACACUGUUUCACCAUUUGUGCAGCUCAGAAAACAGUCGUGGUGGCAGCCAGCACCCGCCUGGAAAAGGAGAAGUGGAUAUGUGACCUGAACACUGCCAUCGACGUGGCCAAGAGCGGGGGUGACCCGUCCCUGGUGCUGCCGGGUAGCGUGCUCUGCGCUCCUCCCUGCAGGUCCUCUGAGGAGGUCUCUCCGGAGCAAGAGUCCGAAGACACUCAUGGCGUCCACGGGUCCCUGGAGGGGCAGGGCCAGCACCGGGCCAACACCACAGUGCACGUGUGCUGGUACCGGAACACCAGCGUCUCCAGAGCCGACCAGAGCGCGGCCGUUGAGAACCAGCUUUCAGGGUAUCUGCUGAGAAAAUUCAAAAACAGUAACGGCUGGCAGAAGCUCUGGGUGGUUUUCACCAACUUCUGUUUGUUCUUCUACAAAACUCAUCAGGACGACUACCCCCUGGCCAGCCUCCCGCUGCUGGGCUACAGUGUCAGCGUCCCCAAGGAGGCCGACUGCGUCCACAAGGAGCACGUCUUCAAGCUCCAGUUCAAGUCCCACGUCUACUUCUUCCGGGCUGAGAGCAAGUACACGUUUGAGAGGUGGAUGGAGGUGAUCGAGAGAGCCAGCAGCUCACCCGGGAGGGCCGGGCGCCCCGAGGACGAGGCGUGAAGCCCGCCCUGACCGAGGAGGGCAGAACCAAGGAGCAGAGCAGGAGCAGCGCCCCGCCGAGGACCGGCCCGGAACAGGAACCAGGGUGGGCCCCACAGCUGCACGCCAGGUGACACGUGUCCGCGCAAGUCCAGCAGAAGCCACUCUGGGGCCCGCCCCACAGACCUCUGGAGGAGAGGACACCAAAGUUCCCACCUGGCCCCGGGAGGGCAAGGGCCUAGAGUUUCUCGGUUCCCCAGGGUUUCCUCACAAAUCAAAGUAAAUGGACACAGGCUCUGUUAGUCUGUCCAUGCAGACGUGCGUGCGGUCCAAGAUAAAGAGUUUCUCCCCUGCUCUCCUGCCAGCGGGCCACAGGGUCACCCUGUGCCAUGAUAAGGACUCAGAAGCCAGAACCGGGGCCCCUGCCCACCACCGGCAUCUGUCCGAUUCAGGUUUUUAUUGAAAGUGGCCCGAGCCUCUCGAUGUUCUAUGAAAACUAACACCUUAACCUCAGAACAUUUAGGGAAGCAGGAAGUUCAUUUUCUUUAAAAAAAAAAAAAAAAAAAAAAUCCUGGCCGAAACGAGUCCU